AAGAAGAAGAAGAAGGAGAAGAAGAAGAAACAGCAGCAGCAGCAGAAGAAGAAGGACAACGGAACAUGGCUUCUUUGAGUAAAGGAUUUCAAGAAUGAAAGUUUGUCAAAGAUUUAUAUUGUAUUAGUUUACAUGAUAUGAAAAACUCAUAUCACCACGCUCCGUUAGACAAGCCUCCUGUCUUUAAAGGUGCUUAUCUGGAGACACCGUACACCCCUAGCGGAACGCCGAGCGCCUCAUAUGAACCGACACCAUUGGCCCACACUGCUUCACGGCGGACAUCUUCAGAGGGAUGUGACGGUCACUCGUACGAAAUCAUGAGCGAUUUCCCCGCACCAUCACCCGGAGGAGAGGGUUUCGGAGGGCCACGCCUUGUCUUUCCGUAUGGAUUCGACCCUUCAGUCUUCCCGCUUCCCCUUGGCUGCCCACCACCCGGACAGUUUCCCACCAUGGUGCACCCCGCUCCGGUAAAUACAUACAAUAACAGGGGAGCUUCAGUAUUUCAAACAUAUAUCCAGCAGCUUGGGUCCGGUCCUGAGACUACUGAGUAUGAGCCGGGCUCCGGUCAGAAACAACAACAGCAACAUGAAUAUGAGGUUUUCUCUGAGAGUGGAUUUCCCCCGCUGUGUAAGAGUCCGGGUACAACAACACGAGGUGUAGACGAAACAGCCCUUCAAAGGAAGCAGGAUCAACAGUGGCUCAGACUAUUUUUAGAGGGUAGAGAUAAAAGAAUCUCACAGACUCAGCAGCAGCACAAUUGUAUUCAUGAGCUGAGAGAGACUUUGUACCGGACAACUCAGCUCAUCCCACAACUUGCACAGUCCUGUGAAACCCUAAGAAGCUUCGUGGACCAAGAGUGUGUUUGGACAGACUCUUAUUUGAAUUCUUUAAAUGUGAAGCAGGAACUAGAAGACAAACUUGCAGUCAUUGACAACUGGUGUUUACAUAGCUGGAGAGGUAAAUUGUCCCAUCUUGCUAAGAGAAGGUCCCGGCGAAUGAGAGCUAGGAAACUAUUGCAGAUUGGGGAAAAACAGAGACGGGCGGGCAUCUCUGAAAAAGAGGCUGCCAUAGAUAAAUGGAGGAUGGAGCAGAAACGCCAAGUGGAAGAGAAGAAGAAGGAGCAUGAGCUGAAGCUGGCUGCAGAUGCUGUUCUCUGUGAAGUGAAGAAGAAGCAGGCAGAUAUAAAAAGGAUGGAGGAUGUCCUGAAAUCUCUGGAGAAAUUGCGCAGACUGAGGAAGGACGCAGCAUCAAAGAAAGGUAUAGUCACUGAGCAAGAAUGUGACAAUACAUUCAGCAGCCAUUUAGAGCAACUUAGGUGUAUGUUGAAGAGGAGGACAGCAGUUUACUCUGCAGAGGAGAAAGCUCUGAUGGUGAUGCUGGAAGGAGAGCUAGAGGAAGAGAGGAAGAAAGAUUGUGAGAAACAAAUGAAGAAGGAGUGGGAGAGACUGUUGCAGAGGAAACACAGAGUGAUCACCAUGUUGUUUGGAGAUGAGCUUCCUGCUGAUUCUGUUCUGCAACCCUUUACAGAAUUUUACACCUGGGCUGAACACUCAUUGCAUGCAUUACUACAAAUCAGGAGAGAGUGGGAUAUGUUUGUGGCUCCAGUCGAUCACCCUGAGAGUUCUCUUGUUCCUCAGAGCUGGAUCUUACCAGACCCACCAUCGGAUCAGCUAUGGGCCUCUGCUCUCCACACCACUGACAGUGACUGAACCACUAUAUCUGAAUAACUGUGUGUGAUGUCAAGUAAUGCCUGAUGCCCUUAGCUAUAAAUCAAAACCUGAAGUGCAGGUCUGCAGGUUCAGGCUGUAAAAGUAGCAAGUUGAUAGUAUUAAAAAAUAAAUAAAUAAAUUGUUUUCUCUACACAAACGCUACAUUAACUUGAACAAAAAGAUGAUAAAAUGAACAUGAUAUGAUGUCAUCUUGUCAUUGUCGAUAUAUUUUUCAUGUGAAAUUCAGCGUGUUUGAACGUUCAGAUUGUAGAACAGAAUGACAGCUCCACAAAAGUGAAGUCACAGCAUUUGGAAUGCUCCCUGGUGGCUGCAGUAUAGUUGGCUGCAAUAUAGCCUUUGUUAAAUGUUUUUGCUCUGUUGUACCUCAGUAAUAAAAUGUAUCAAUAAAUAUUCAAAAUACA